UAAACAAGUGAAAUAAAGCUCAAGGAUUUAAAUUUACUUGAUCGCUGCAUAAAAGAAACAUUAAGACUUAGACCUCCUAUAAUGACCAUGAUGAGAAUGGCCAAAACUCCUCAGACUGUGGCAGGGUAUACCAUUCCUCCAGGACAUCAGGUGUGUGUUUCUCCUACCGUCAAUCAAAGACUUAAAGACUCAUGGGUAGAACGUCUGGACUUCAAUCCUGAUCGCUAUUUACAGGAUAACCCAGCAUCAGGAGAGAAGUUUGCCUAUGUGCCAUUUGGAGCUGGACGCCAUCGUUGUAUUGGGGAAAAUUUCGCUUAUGUUCAAAUCAAGACGAUUUGGUCCACUAUGCUUCGUCUAUAUGAAUUUGAUCUCAUUAAUGGAUAUUUUCCUACUGUGAAUUAUACAACUAUGAUUCAUACGCCUGAAAACCCAGUUAUUCGUUACAAACGAAGAUCAAACUGAAAAAGGCUGCAAGGAACUAAUGUGAUAUAUUAUUGUAAGCUGCGAAAACAUUUGAAGAAAAUGAAGUUUACGAAACAGCUCUCAUAGUAUACUGUUUGUAAUUCUAAAAGCCAGUUUAAUUUAUGAUUUUAAUAUUUUAUUAACUGAAUGUUUCUAUCAAAUCUAAUGGCAUUUGCAACAUUUUAUAAUAGUUUUGAUACUUACUACAUGUGCUUUGAGGAAGCCAAAGUUUAUUAGUAAAAAUAAUUGUUUUGGGGGAUCUAUGUAAUUAGCAGACUCCAAAAUAGUACAAUUUCCAGCUACUAAUUUUAAAAGCUAUAGACAAAUAGGUCAGGAAUUUCAAAUCUGGUACUAGUUAUACAAGAUACAGAAAGCCCAAGGAAAUAUUUGGAAGGUCUUAGUUAUUCAUUUAUCUGGGAAGUUUUUGUGUGUAAGGAUGGAAAAGUAGGGAAUAAACUCACAGUUAUAGCCUGGGAUAAAAGAGAAUAUUAUUAAUAAGUUUUGGUAUGAUGAUAUUGAGCAGUGAUAGAGAUAAGUUAUAGAAAAAUACAUCCUUUUUAAGUUUGAACUGGAAGCACUGUUGGAAGUUGAGAGAGAUGUAGGACCAUGCUUUGGUAAUCAUAUUUCUGAAAAAUAAUAAAUACUAAAAAAGACUACCCAUGUGUCUUCAUAUACUAAAUAUUACAUACGUCUCCAUCUGAUAAAUAGGUGUCCUGUUCCACAAGGUCAUAUCUAUGUGCAAGUCCAAAAUCAAGUCUGUAGGAGAUAUAAUUUUCGUUUUCUUCUUUGGCUCAGUGUUAUUCCCUGCCUCCUCCAAAGUCCAUUUAUGGAUGUUUCUAUUACUAGUUCCAUUCAUUCAAGUAAAUAAACUUUUUAAAAGUACAGGAUAUGAGAUCAGGGAACUGUGGCUUUAAGAUAAGGUAAUAUGAAGCAGGUUCUUGGUAUUAUUGGUCAUAUUUUAUGAAGCCCUAUGUUCAGUAAUCAACCUAACUCAAAUUAUAACUGGGGGCCUAAUUAUAAUGAGAUACCUGUAAUUUGAUCACAUAAUCUGCUUGUACUAGAUGAAGCCAAAAUAUUUUCCCUUAUGUAUAUUACAGUUCUGCUUAAGAGGCUGGAAGACUUGUGUUAAAUUCUAAUUGUUUAGAACAAAUCUCUGCUGUUAAAAAGUUUUUCACAUUAAAAUUCUCCUUGAGAAAAAUA